ACAACACACAUGCACUACAGGGGGGCUUACCCAGCAACUUGUUGAGAGAUUGGCCACACAUAAAUGAUUGAUCCCUGCUUGCAGACUUCCCUCAGAAGAUCCUAAUCCGAAAUUAUUUCCUAGACUGUGGUUCACUGGCAUAUUGAAAUUAAAUAGAGAAGUCUGCUGACCUGGAGACUGAAAUUGUGUUGCAAUCAAGCUUCCUGUGUUGUGCAUAGACUAAGUGGUUGUGAAAUCUGGAUAAAUAUCUGUUUCUUUGUCGAGUUUGGUUUAAAGAGCUUUCAUGCCUUCGGAAAUAGUCCCUGCUGUAGCGCAGCCGACUGAAUCUGGAACAGCCGCUGCGCCCAGCACCACGGAAUCUGGCCCUGGUGGGACAGGUGGAAUAUAUUCAGCUAUCCUCAGCAGAAAUUUACCUAUUAUUGGAGGUCAUGAAAAAAACUUUGAACAGCUUAAAAAAAAGUAUUUGGAUAAAAAUGUCCUGUUUGAAGAUCGCGAUUUUCCGCCCAAUGACACCUCUUUGUUUUAUAGUCAGACUCUUCCCAUCAAGUUUGAGUGGAAAAGACCACCAGAAAUUUGUGAAAACCCACAGUUUAUCAUAGGGGGAGCAAACCGAACUGAUAUUUGCCAAGGAGACUUAGGUGACUGCUGGUUCUUAGCCGCCAUUGCUUGCUUAACCCUGAAUGAAAAGCUGCUUUUCCGUGUAAUACCGCCAGAGCAGAACUUCACGGAAAACUACGCUGGAAUAUUUCAUUUUCAGUUUUGGCGUUAUGGAGAUUGGGUGGAUGUGGUCAUUGAUGAUUGCUUGCCAACGUUUAAUAAUCAGCUGGUGUUUACCAAGUCUUCUCAGCGUAAUGAGUUUUGGAGUGCUCUGCUGGAGAAAGCUUAUGCAAAAUUGCAUGGAUCGUAUGAAGCUCUCAAAGGUGGAAACACCACUGAGGCGAUGGAGGAUUUCACCGGCGGAGUGACGGAAUUUUACGAGAUUAAGGAUGCUCCAAAGGACAUAUUCAAAAUAUUGAGAAAAGCUUUUGAAAGGGGUUCGCUCAUCGGAUGCUCAAUUGAUGACAAAAAUGAGUUUUCCUACGGGGUUUCUCCCCCGAGUGAUAUAGGGGAAGCAAUUAAACGAAUGAUAGAGAAUGUGGGUGACACGCAAUCCGAUUUAGAUGGCAAGGACCCAAAUUCAGCUUGGGCCAUUGUACCUGCUCAGUUUGAGACCCGCAUGGCCAGUGGGCUUGUUAAAGGCCAUGCCUAUUCUGUAACCGGAGUGGAAGAGACAACAUUUAAAGGAGACAAGGUUAAGCUUGUCCGUCUCAGAAAUCCUUGGGGGCAGGUGGAAUGGAACGGAUCAUGGAGUGACAACUCGAAGGAAUGGACAAUCAUCGAAAAGUCAGAGAAAUCCCGGCUGCAGCAUCAGAUAAAGGAAGAUGGAGAAUUUUGGAUGUCAUUUGAUGACUUCAUGAAGAAUUUCACAAAAUUGGAAAUCUGCAAUCUGACAGCAGAUGCUUUAGAAGCAGAUCAGCUCCAAACAUGGACAGUCUCGGUUAAUGAAGGACGAUGGGUCAGGGGCUGUUCUGCAGGAGGAUGUCGGAAUUUUCCUGAUACUUAUUGGACGAACCCUCAAUAUCGUCUCAAACUCCUGGAGGAAGACGAUGACCCUGAUGACAAUGAGGUCGUAUGUAGCUUCUUGGUGGCACUGAUGCAGAAGAAUCGUAGAAAGGAUCGAAAAGCGGGUGCCAACCUUUUUACCAUAGGCUUUGCAAUUUAUGAGGUUCCGAAAGAGAUGCAUGGCAAUAAGCAGCACUUACAGAAGGACUUCUUCUUGUACAAUGCAUCUAAAGACAGGUGUAAGUCCUAUAUUAACAUGAGAGAAGUCUCCCAGCGAUUCCGCUUACCUCCCAGCGAAUACGUCAUCAUCCCUUCUACUUAUGAGCCCCAUCAAGAAGGGGAGUUUAUUUUACGGGUUUUCUCUGAGAAAAGAAACAUCUCUGAUGUAUCUCCAAAGCUUUUCUGGGAAGUUGAAAACAAGAUAGAAAUUGAUCGACCAAGUAAAAAGAAAAAAGCCAAGCCAAUCAUCUUUGUAUCGGACAGAUCAAACAGCAAUAAGGAGUUGAGUGUGGAUGACGCGUCUGAAGAAGAAAAGAAAAGGCUUGUGGAACAAAAAGCGUUAAAAGAUAAGACAUCUAGCAACACGGAUCGAGAAAGCGAGGAGGAAAAACAGUUCAGGAAAAUCUUUCAACAAAUUGCAGGCAGUGACAUGGAAAUUUGUGCUGAUGAAUUGCAAAAUGUUCUCAACAAAGCGGUCAAUAAACAUAAAAAUCUGAAGACUGAAGGGUUCACGCUGGAGUCAUGUCGUAGUAUGAUUGCCCUUAUGGAUACAGACGGGUGUGGAAGACUAAAUCUGCAGGAGUUUCAGCACCUCUGGAAGAAGAUUAAGGAGUGGCAGAAAAUCUUUGUACGCUACGACUCUGACCAGUCCGGCACCAUCAAUAGUUAUGAGAUGAGGAAUGCAGUCAACGAAGCAGGAUUCCAUCUGAACAACCAGCUCUAUGACAUCAUCACCAUGCGUUAUGCUAACAGACACAUGAAUAUCGACUUUGACAGCUUCAUCUGUUGCUUUGUGCGCCUGGAAGGAAUGUUUAGGGCAUUUGAUGCAUUUGACAACGAUGGAGAUGGUCUAAUUAAGCUCAAUAAAUUGGAAUGGUUACAACUUACCAUGUACGCCUAAGGAAGUUCCAAUUCAGCAUUAUUCUGCUCCGGACACCACCACCUCUCAUUCAAGAACCUCCACAGGAUAGACUCAGGAUCUUCGUCAAGUACAGCUCGUUACAUUUACCUCAUAGUCCUAACAUACACGUGUAACAGUCGGUAAUGUGUUUUGUAUUUUAUCUUAAGCACAUCAGAGAAGACAUUCAGAAAGUUAAAUAUUGAAGGAUAAUUCAUGAGCCUUUAUCAUUAUAGAAGGAUAGAAUAAUGUAUCAUUUAUAAAAUGUAGUUAACCUUGGAAUUAAGGAAUGAUCUGUGUCUUGUGAUACAAAUUCCGAGAUACAUGUAUGUCCUUAACGAAAUCUGGUAUACCUCGGCUUUUAGAACUCCUAUAGGAUUGACUUGUAGUUAAGUAGUUCAGUUUAUAGUCAUAGUCUGAUACGGAGAUUUAUUCUGCUAUGUUAAAUCUGUUUUUAUUAAUGUGAAAUCUUAAAGGAAAGUUAUGCUAAGAGGAGGCUUAAGUUACCUUUAAAUUAUGCUGCAUUGUCUGAAGCCAUUCUCGUAGAUAUAUGUAGUUAAGAUCUACUGCUAUUUAAUUGUUUUGCUAGUAUACAUCCCCCGUGGUAAUUUUUUGUGAUAUCUUUGUAAAAGAAAUACUCAAAGCACCAUAACCAGUACAGCGGCAUAUACUAGUUACGGUGCCCGGGUAGUACCCUCCCCCGCAAUGCGAGUAGUCAAACCAUUUGCCAACAGCUUUACUUCUUACUUGGGUCCUGCCUUUAUGGAGAGCCUCAAAAGCUCCUUCCUAAAGUUUCCAUCAGUUAGUUCUAAACUCUGCCAUGCAAGGACAGCUGGUUGGAUGAGUGUCAGCUGAUUGCUCUCAGCAAAUGAGCUAAGCCCUAAGGUUAGCACAGAGUAGAGGGCUUUCAGCUCUCAGAGAAGCAGUGACUGGUGGAUCCCAGGUUAGAAGUCAAACAGCAAAUGGUUUCACUAAUUACAGGUGGGGGAAGCAAACACCAUAACCACUACAGUGGAAUGGUGUCUGGAGUGUUCCUUUAAGCAACAUCUUAGCUUAGGCAUGACUCACAUUUUCUAAACUAUGGCAUCACAAUGUUUUCUUUUUAAUUUACGGCAGUAGUACUCAAGCUACCUCAGCUAUAGUCUGCUAGAAAUAAAAAAAAAUGGCUGACCUUCAAUAUCACUGGAUCCCUACUAAGAAUGGUCAAAAGCAAUAGCGAAUAGUUUUAUGGGUAACUCUGCAUUUCUUACCUUUUGGGCGUAAUUUCCCUUGAACGCUUUGUGUGUUGUUUGGGCUCUGGUAAUAGACGUGUGAAAUUUGAUAAUUGGAUGCUCAAAUUUUGUAUGUGCCUGUGGCACAGUUUAUAGACUAUUAAAAAAAUAAAUUGCAA